UUUCUGUUAUAUCUGGUUCCGGCGGUGAAUACAGUUUCAGAUAUCAGAUAUGAUUGUCCGGAUGGAUCAAUUGUUAUAUGUAUUGUUAGCAGUAGCAGCGGUGCUAGGCACGAUUCUGUUAAUUUUAAUUCCACUGUUCUAAAGAGUCUGCAGGAUAUGAACUUAUCAUUUUGUAUUCAGAAAGUAUCAAGAGGGAACGACUAUACAACAGAAAUCAAUACAGUAAAAGCUUUGAACCAAGCAUGUGAUGUGAUCAACUUUGUUAAUAAUGGAAUAAACAGCCAUUUUAUGGAUGUUGUUACAGUACCAAAAGUGGACAUAUUUCAACCGGAUGUAAAGCAGGAACUGAUGUCACAGUCAUACUGUAAGAACUUCAACGACACACCCCUCGACUGCGACUUUCAUCUAGUAUCUAACGUCAUCGGUAGCCACUUAUCGAAACUUAUGGUGUCAACCAUGAAGAAUUUGAAAUGGCAGAAAAUUGCUAUAAUCUAUGAUAGCUUUUAUGAGGAAGAAAUAUCAGAGUUGGUACUGUCAUUGGCUACAAUUCAAAUACAAUGUGUUCUAUUAAAAUUCGAUAAUGUAUCAUGUGACAACAUACUACCGAGGUUGAAAAAAAUUUAUAUUGAUUUUGGUGGCGGAAACAUGAACCUUUUACUGAUGUGUUCCAGUACAUGUACAGCUACCGUUUUAUCGCAGGCUAAUCGAUAUAAUGAAUAUUAUGGACAACAAUCAGCUUUUGAUAUGAAUACAAAAUGGUUGAUAGCGUCUACAAUGGUUAAUAAAUGUAUAUUAGAAGACUCAUCUCUAGUACUAGAUAAUGUAGCUGUAUUCAACGAUUAUAAGAUACGUUCCACGCGUUAUCGUCACCCUAUUACGAUUGUAGAGAAUCUUAUGACCGAGACCAUAAUCAACUACAAAAGAAACUGUUCAUUAGACCAGACCUGCAAUGUGCCCAUUUCUGUAGAGAAGGAAUAUUUUAUAAAUUACACUAUACAGUUGUUUCAAGGGAUUAUGGAACAGAAAUCAUUCUCUAUAUCGACACUGAUGUGGGCUGAAAAUGAUCGGCGUGAACUCCGUAAAGUUGGCUGCAUCAGGGACCACGAUGCUUUUAAUCUAGGGUCCGCCAUCUUUCCCAAUGCUAAUUUUGGCUUCAAUAAAAGAAAAUUUGUAGUCUCGACUAACCCGUGGCCACCAUUUGUCAACAAGAAGACAACGAAUACUAGUGUUAAAUAUAGUGGUUUUUGUUUGGACCUCCUGCAGGAAUUAGCCAUCAGUUUGAAUUUCAGUUACACCUUAAUAGAACCUCCGGAUAUGGAAUGGGGCCGAUUAUUGAAUGGCAACUGGACUGGUCUCAUUGGGCAACUGGCACGAGAGGAUGUUGAUUUGGUGGUCGCGCCGAUUUCAAUCUCAACAGAACGUGAGACUGUCAUGGACUUUACACAACCUUAUUUCUACGAAAAAACAGGAUUAGGGAUGAGACGACCCGAUCCCAAUAAAACAAAAUGGCGACGAUUAGUUGAACCAUUGACAUGGCAGGUUUUGUUGUGUAUUGGAAUAUCAUUUCUUGUAAUAUCGAUAUUAUUUUCUCUGAUUGAGAGAUACAACCCGUUUUACACAACUAAAGGCAAGAAACGAGGCACCGAUAUUACAAGACAAGUUCAAGCUAAAAUCUGGUAUUUGUUCGGUGCCUUACUCGCUCAUGGUGGAAACCAUGUGACGCAAUCGUCGUCUGGACGAUUUUUAAUUGGUUUUUGGUGGUUGUUUUGUAUGGUAAUGGCAGCAACGUACAGUGGGAAUCUCGUGGCGUUUUUAACAGUAACCAAAGACAAGCCACCAUUUACAAGUUUAGCAGGAAUGAUUCAACAAGAUGAUUACAUUUGGGGAACAAUCGGUGGAACAGUCAUCGUCCAAUUAUUACAGACCUCAAACCGGUCAGACUACCGUCAAGUGUGGAGUGGUAUAGAAAAGUUCAGUCAGUCAGAUCCAGGUAUUUUAAGUCUGUCGGGUGAUGAUCAUUUAGAAAGGGUUCUAGCAGGAGAUUACGUCUUUUUGGGUGAUUAUACACUAAUGGAAAUUUGGGAGACCCAGUAUUGUGAUCUUUUCACAAUUGAAGAACACUUUUUUCCUAUGCAGUUUGGGCUUGGUCUUCUAAAUAAUUCAGCAUAUACAACGGUUUUUACCGAUAAUUUGCUAAAGAUCUAUGAAAGUGGACUGGUUCAGAUUUGGAAAAAAAGGUGGUGGCCAAAUUCAACAUCUUGUGGCACUGGUCGUAAUACUCAGAUUAAAGCCGUGGACCUGUUGUCAUUACAAAGUGCAUUCUACGUCAUCGCUAUUGGUAUAUGGUUGGCGGUCAUUGCUUUGAUUAUUGAAGUUUUACCAUACUUCAGAAAGAAAAUGAAUAACUGACUUCGUCACCAGAAUGAGGACUUUAUUUGAAGACAUAUCAUCAUGCCUUCGUUUUUAUCGACCAGAAUGAUCGAUAUAAAGUGAAUAAUUCAGGAAUGACAACUUGUAUCAUCGCUA